GUUGUGAUCGAGUAAUAAAAACUGGUAAAACUCGAGAUCUUAAUAAACACAUGAAUUUAAAUAGAAACCUUCGUAAAGGACAAUGCCAACCAGCUUUGCUUAUAAUGCAAAAUGUAGGAAAUGUUACUCCAAAGCAAAAUACACCUCAAACUAAAAACGUUACUUCAGAGCAAAAUCCGCCAGCAACUCCUGAAGGUGAUCUCAUAUCGUUCGAUGAAAACUCACCAACACUUCAGCCGAGAGAGGCAAGUACGCCAGCAGUCGACCCUUUAACUGAUGAUGUUCCAAAUACAGAAGCAGGAUCAAGUUCUAAUACUCAAGAAGAACAAAAAAAGAAAUCAAUUUUAACGAUAAAUGAAUUAAUAAAAUGGUUAUCAAAGCCGGAAAUAAAAAACAAUAAAAAAAUUAGAUCAAAGCAUAUACCUAAAAAUGAUAAAGAAUGGUAUGAUUUAAUGGAAAUAGAUAACGAAAAAGAUAGCGAACCAAGUGACUCAGAAUAUGAUACUGCUAAAGAAGAACCAGACAUUCAUUUCGAAAAAAUCAAGGAUCCAUACAUUAAUAGAAUAGCAGAAGCCAGAAAAUUUAAUGAAGGUGAGGUAUGUGAUUAUUAUGCAUUUGUACCAAAAGGAUACUAUGCCAAGGGUGAGCCAUUAGCUUUCUUCGAAUCAAUCGAAGAAAAAAUUGCAGAUAUUUAUAAAAAAGAGUUAGCUUUAAAAGGUGGAUUAAAAGUAAGAAUCGUGUUAUAUGCAUAUAUGAAGAAAAUUAAACCGGAAACUCCAGAACCUUUAUAUAAAACUUUUCCAUUCAAGCAUGAAACAAUAGAAAUUAUUAGAGAAGAUCGAAUUAAUGUAACAAUAGAAAAAGGAUAUAACGAAAUUAUAGAUCAAAUAGAAGACGAGGCAUUACAAGAAUCUGGAUGGUCAUUCGUCCGAGCAGAAGAGGUAUUUCUUGAAAUAAGCGCAUUCAGACCAUUACAAGGUAGUAGUUAUCUACCUUUACCAGAAGCUUUAGAUAAGCCACAACUAGGAAUAAUUAAUCCACAAAAUAGGGAUGAUAAUGA